AUGAAGCUGCUAGUGGAGAUGCACCAGAAGGUCCCAGAGACAGGGAUCAACCCAAAGAUGAUGAGUAACCAGACACUGCUAACACAGUUUAUCCUGCAGGGCUUCUCAGAGCACCCAGAGUACCAACUGCUCCUAUUCUGCUGUUUCCUCUUGCUCUACACGGUGGCCCUCACUGGCAACAUCCUUAUCAUCUUGGCCAUCUCCCUCAACCCUGGGCUGCACACGCCCAUGUACUUCUUCCUGUUCAACCUGGCUACAAUGGACAUCAUCUGCACCUCAUCCAUCAUGCCCAAGGCCCUACAGGGUCUGGUGUCACAGAAGAACACCAUCUCCUUCGGGGGCUGCAUGGCCCAGCUUUACUUCCUCACAUGGGCUGCAUCCUCAGAGCUACUGCUCCUCACGGUCAUGGCCUAUGACCGCUAUGCUGCCAUCUGCCACCCUCUACAUUAUGGCACCAUGAUGAGCAGAGCGUUCUGCAGCCUGCUGGUCGCCAGUGUGUGGAUGCUCUGCGCCCUCAACACAGCCAUCCACACAGGGUUGAUGUUGCGCUUGGACUUUUGUGGCCCCAGUGUCAUCACCCACUUCUUCUGUGAGGUCCCCCCUCUGCUGCUCCUCUCCUGCAGCUCCACCUAUGUGAACAGUAUCAUGAUUGUCCUAGCAGAUGCCUUCUAUGGCAUCCUGAACUUCCUGAUGACCAUUGUGUCCUACGGCUUCAUCAUCUCCAGCAUCCUGAAAAUGCAGACUGUGGAGGGGAAGCAGAAAGCCUUCUCCACCUGCUCCUCCCACCUCAUGGUGGUAUGUAUGUACUACACUGCUGUCUUCUAUGCCUACAUCAGCCCUGUCUCCAGUUACGAUGCAGAGAAGAGUAAGCUGGCUGGGGUGUUGUACACCAUGUUGAGCCCCACCUUGAACCCUAUUAUCUAUACUUUGAGAAACAAGGAGGUCAAAGCAGCCCUCAGGAAGCUUUGCCCUUUCUUCUGA